AUGCCAUGUCUGGUGUUUCUUUGGGCAGGGGCCCACCACACAGCCAGACCUUUUACUCACCGUGCACCGUUACCAGGUAUCUUCGUCGACAUGAUUCCUGAGCUUAUACAGAGCUCCAAGCUCAGACAUGAUUCUGUACUUGACGUCUUUACUCCGAUCGUGAUCGUACGCAUCAGAGGCCAUUGGUGUGGCAGGUCGAGGAUCAGGUAUAGAGACCUAGGUAGCAGACACACUUCUACCUUGACAGUUGAGAGAAAUUAUGAUCAAUCGGGUGCUCUUUCUAUGCGUCAUUAUGGAGAUUUAACAUCCAAGCUUGUUCCAAAGCCCUACCUCGAGAUAACUGGCGAAAGUUUAUGGUCUGAGGAGCAGGAGGGAACCCCGAUAGGAAAUAGACCCGUGUGUAUGAAGAAGCGUGCAAUCAACCAUACCCACAAGACACCAGUUCGACCACAGACGGUGCCAGCCACGUCAUUCCCCAAACAACAGACGGUGUCCGACUGGAAAGGACGAUACAAAACCCUCCAAGAUGCGUAG